UCUGGGACCCAAAUUUACAAGGUGGCUCUCUCUCAUGGUUGUUGGAUGACAAACCUCUCGCCAGGGUUGUGAAUGUAGGCGUCCUAACAGUCCAGCUCCAUGGGAGCCCAACCUGAGGGGGGUCAGAAGCCUUGCUCGAAGAUCCAGCCCCUGCUUAAGAGGCACAAGGCCUUACUCACCAAAGCUCCGCCUCUGACCCCACCCCAGCCCCCCUCCCGGAACCCAGGCUGUUCGCACGUGUACGGGUAUGUGUUUGGUCACAUCCAUGAACAUGACCGGGAGCAUCUCCCAUCGCAGCAGGUGCUGGACACAGGAGAGCAGCUGAUGGUCCCCGUGGAUGUCCUAGAAGUGGAUAGCGAGGGGGCCCUGUGGAAGUCCCUGCUCUCGGGAGCCAUGGCUGGGGCAGUGUCCCGCACCGGCACGGCCCCUCUGGACCGAGCCAAGGUGUACAUGCAGGUCUACGCCUCCAAGACUAACGUCAUGAACCUGCUGGGGGGGCUCCGGAGCAUGGUCCAGGAGGGGGGGUUCCGCUCCCUGUGGCGGGGCAAUGGCAUCAACGUCCUCAAGAUUGCCCCUGAGUAUGCCAUCAAGUUCUCCGUCUUUGAGCAGUGUAAGAAUUACUUCUGCGGAGUGCACGGGUCCCCACCCAUUCAGGAACGUCUCCUCGCGGGCUCCCUGGCUGUGGCCACCUCCCAGACGCUCAUCAACCCCAUGGAGGUGCUGAAGACACGGCUGACCCUGCGCCGGACCGGACAGUACAAGGGGCUGCUGGACUGUGCGUGGCAGAUCCUGGAGCGGGAGGGCACCCGUGCCCUAUACCGCGGCUACCUGCCCAACAUGCUUGGGAUCAUCCCCUACGCCUGCACUGACCUAGCCGUCUAUGAGAUGCUCAGGUGUUUCUGGCUGAAGUCAGGCAGGGACAUGGAGGAUCCCAGUGGUCUGGUCAGUUUGUCAUCUGUGACGCUAUCCACGACCUGUGGCCAGAUGGCCAGUUACCCGCUGACUUUGGUGCGCACCAGGAUGCAGGCCCAAGACACCGUGGAGGGCUCAAACCCCACCAUGUGCGGAAUCUUCCAGCGGAUCCUGGCCCAGCAGGGUUGGCCGGGGCUGUACCGAGGCAUGACUCCCACCUUACUGAAGGUGUUGCCAGCAGGUGGCAUCAGCUAUGUGGUGUAUGAGGCCAUGAAGAAAGCCCUGGGCGUAUAGGCAGUGGCUAGUUGACACAUCCUGGGCAGAAAUGGACAGGAGGGUCCAGUGUCCCCUGGCCCAAAGAGCCCUCCAGGCUUGGGCCCAGGGGCCAGUUUUUGUCAGGAGAAGCAGUCUGGGGGCCUGGGUCAGAAGAUUCUUGGGGACCCCUUCCCAGGGUGCAGCCUGGGACUAGUCUGGACUCCAAUUUGGCUCAUUAUGGCUUGUCCUAGCUUCAGGGUGAAAUGGUGGACAUGGAGACAAUCUGAAAUAAAGAGUUGGUUUCUGCUGGA